AGUCGAACACCGGCUGUGAGCGAGGAGUGUUGUCAUGUCACAGGCAGGACGUCGAUUCUGAGGAAGUGGUGACAAGCAGGCCGGAUGGGACAGUGUGUUUUAGUGCAUAGUUGAAAAAUUGCUAGUUUUCUCGAUAUUUGGCGCGAGUUUUCAGUUCAAAUAUUCUCCAAUAGUGUCGCGUCUGUGCUGAAGCUCGGCUCGCACCUGUUGAAUUUCGACCAAACUUGGAGCGUCUCAGCGACCACACACACUCCGACUCCUCGACGAACCGAUCCACGGUUGUAACAUAACAUGGCGAAAACGAAGGAGAAGAGGAGUUUCUUCAUGCGAAAUCUUCUCACAAUACUCACAGUAGUUGGCGUCUUCUCCGGUGUUAUAGUCGGCCUCAUCCUUAGGGCAACCAGUUCAACAAAAUGGAAACCCAGAGAGAUAAUGUACGUGAACUUCCUGGGAGACAUGUUCCUCCAGAUGCUGAAGGGACUUAUAAUUCCACUGCUGUUGGCUUCGAUAGUGUCAGCAAUCGGCUCUCUCGAUCUGAGCCUUUCGAGGAAAAUAGGAGCGAGAGCGAUCGCCUACUACAUGACAACAACCGUGGUGGCGGUGGUGGAAGGAAUCAUCCUUGUCUCCAUCAUAGAGCCAGGCAGAGGUUCAAAGGCUGAGACCGGCAUGACACCAAUCACUGGCAGGAAUGUCACAACUGCCGACACACUCCUCGAUCUUAUAAGAAAUAUGUUCCCUCCAAACAUAGUCAAAGCAUGCGUUUCACAGUACCGAACUGUGAUCACAGCGCCAAAAGUGAAUUACACUGACAAUUUGUACGAAUGGGACAUAAGCGGCGAGUACACAGAUGGAUCGAACAUUUUGGGAGUAGUUGUGUUUGGAGUUGUGCUUGGUAUUGCUAUUGGUCAGCUUGGUCCGAUCGGCCUUCCCUUGUUGAAGGUGUUCCAAUCAUUGGGAGACGUUACUAUGCUCAUGACAACUUGGGUGAUAUGGUUAUCCCCAGGAGGAGUGUUUUUCCUUGUGGCCUCAAAAAUUCUCGAGAUGAAAAGCUUCGUGGAGAUGAUGGAGAAACUAGGUUUAUAUUUUGCAACAGUGCUCUUCGGACUGUUCGUCCACGGCUUCGUUGUGCUUCCAGCCGUCUUCACAGUCGUCACGAAAACACUUCCGUUCAGGUUCCUGGGAAACAUGAGUCAAGCUCUCAUCACUGCGUUUGGAACGGCUUCCAGUUCAGCCUCGCUGCCUGUAUCGAUGUCUUGCCUUGAAGACCUGAACAACGUCGACCCGAGAGUGUCUCGAUUCGUGAUGCCAAUAGGAGCCACAAUCAACAUGGAUGGCACUGCUCUCUACGAGGCUGUAGCCGCCUUGUUCAUAGCGCAGCUCAGAAGUGUUCCCCUCACUUUUGGGAAUAUUGUUGCUGUCAGUAUAACCGCGACUAUGGCCAGUAUUGGAGCGGCUGGAAUUCCCCAAGCGGGACUUGUAACCAUGGUGAUGGUGUUGGACACAGUCGGGCUUCCAGCUCAAGACGUAACACUUAUCAUUGCUGUCGAUUGGCUACUUGACCGAUUCCGAACAACAAUCAACGUUGUGGGCGAUUCUCUUGGGGCAGGCAUUGUGAACCAUUUGAGCAAGCGCGAGCUAGAGGCGAUGUCCGAAAUGCCCAUGAGUAGGAUCGCUACCUCUGAUCCAGACCAUGUGGAAUCAUAAAGCUACAAUUCACAGCUCAGGUCUCUUUGAUUUGUGAAGGGAGGAACAAUAAUACCAAGAUUCAAAUCUUUGUGUUCAACAAAAUUCAACAUCUCUUAUUAGUUGUAAUUUGUAAUGUGCGAACAAGAAAACUCAACAGUGGGGUGUGGUCACAUUGGAUGUGUGUAUGUGCAAGUGCACACUUGGUUAUACAUGACCAAGCGUUCAGUUGAGGAACAAAAUUUGGAAAGAGCACAGUAGGAAUAUACUGAAAGCGUGCACUUGCUGUUCAAUGUGAGCAGGUACGUCAUGCAAGUCACAACGUGUUUCAAUGGCACUUUCCAGAUUUUGUUUCCCGACUGAUGCCUACUGCGUGAAUGGAGAAGGGCUUGCCCAGUUAAACAUUUCUCCAUUAAAAAUUCCCAUAAAUAAUUCUAACAUCCAAUCUCUUUAUUUCUGAUUGAGUACCUAGUUCAGUUAAUCAUGUGUCAGUUAUGCUGUUGAAGUCUCUGUCGAAGUGCACUUGAACAUCUACCGGUACGCUUUCAAUGUGAUCACACCCCAAGAGGAAACAGGUAUCUUUUUCAUAUUAAUAGUAGAAUUGAAACAACCUCUGGCUUGAAGGGAAAUGCGGAGUACCACUUAAGCCAAUGAGAGUGAUGAAUAGAUUCAUAGAUAGGAGCGCGGUUGCCAAGUUGACGAUCAGACUCAGUUAAUGCACAGUGCUUUUAGAAAGAAAACUGGGUGUUAUGAGGUGUUAAACACUCCCUAAAGACUAUAGAACGCUGUCUGCUCCAGCACGGCAACAUCGCCGCCGCUAUAUCCUUAAGCCAGGCACACACAGAUCGUCAUCUGACGGACGGCACGCAUCGGACGGAUCGGAAGAUUAGAUUUGAUACAUUGUUUUCUAUUGGAGUGUGCAUACCUAUACAAUGCGGAUAGGUAUGCGCACUCCAAUUGAAAAUAAUGAAUCAAAUCUAAUCUUCCGAUCCGUCCGAUGCGUGCCGUCCGUCCGAUGACGAUCUGUUUGCGCCUACCUUUACACUCCACAUAUCCCUCCAAGUCAGAAGUUUUUUUUUUAAUUCGACUACGGUAUAGCAUGACAGUAGAUGUGAGUUCGACCUUUUGCAUUUAUGUAGGAUUUGAAAGUUCAUCAAAAUUAUAUUUUUAGCAAUGAAAAUUUGAUGGUUUUAAACCGUCAUGAAACAUCAUUUUUCAUCUUAAAACAACAGCAUUUAUGUAGGAUUAAAUAACUCAUCAAAAUUUAUAUUUUUAACAAUGAAUCUUUGAUGGUUAUAGGCCGUCAUGAAACAUCAUUUUUCAUCUUAGAACAACAAAUCGUGAUGCAUAUUAUUGAUAAUAGUGAAUGUAGCCUGUAGUUUUCAUCCUACUGAAUAGAAGAAAUAAAAUAUUUGAAAAUCUCAUCUUCAUUUGGUAUCACAAACUUAAAUUUAAAUUACGGGAAUGCUGCAAGAUAUAUUUUGAUUAUUAUUGAAAGAAUCUCUGGAAAAAAACAGAACAUUUUUUCCAAAUCUUACAAUUUUUAGACGAUUUAUCAAUGGAAAUGAGCCGUAUUUAGAACUUCAAAUAAUAAAAUUUAGAUGUUCAGUGUUGUUAUGAUUGAAAUUCCAUAUAAUUUUUCAAUCAGUCAACAACUUGCUUGAGGCUUAGUGUAGAAUAAUGAAGAAUUUUUAUAGAAUUACAAACAAAAAAAUUAUAAGAAACUAAAUAUUUUCACUAACAUAAAACAUAAGGUUUGUGUUACCACCAUUAAAAUUAGUUCUAUGAAUGAUAGCAUUUAAGUAUUUUAGUACAACUCUUGUAAUGAUAUUAUUUAUUUUAAGGCAUAGCCAUUUUUAAUUAUAAUUAUUAAUUAGAUAAACCGAAUUUCAAUAUUAAGAAUAAAACUAUUACUAGUCAAA